UUGUCAAAACAAAAAUACUUACAUUUGUACGUUCAAGGAACUGGCUGCAUGCUGAAAUAAAAACGUUAGGCCUAUAUUGUAAAUUGCUCCCUAUGAGUUUGGGUUGAAAAGCUUCGUUUGCCGAGUAUAGGUAUGAAUGAAUAAUGGAUAAGUGUGAAGACAUAAAGUUUCCUGAGAUUCCGAUGGUCCAUGAUGAGGAAAUUGCGGACUGGGUGUACAGUGCAAGGAGGGAGAUGCAGGAGAUCGUGCCAGGUCUUUUCCUUGGACCCUAUGCUGCUGCUACAAAAAGCCAACUGCCAGUCUUGAUGGACCACGGUAUCACGCACAUCGUCUGCAUUCGUCAGGACAUCGAGGCACAAUUUAUCAAGCCCAACUUUCCAGAGCACUUUGAGUAUUUGGUAUUAAAUGUUGCGGAUAAUGCCACUGAAAACAUCAUUUCCCACUUUUCAAAGGUCAAGGAUUUCAUUGACAAGAGCAACCUUUUUGGAGGGAAGGUACUUGUGCAUGGCAAUGCCGGAAUGUCAAGAAGCGCUGCACUUGUCAUUGCUUAUGUAAUGGAAACAUUUGGAUUGGCAUUCAAGGAUGCGGUGCACUAUGUACAGCAGAGACGGUUUUGCAUUAGCCCCAAUGAAGGCUUCAUGAGACAACUAGAGGAAUAUGAGCCUAUUUUUACUGCAAGAUUACAGAUGAUGUCGCAACAGGAAAGACCAGAGACAUCAGGAUUGAAAAGACCACAUGAAGAUGUCGACUAUGAAAUGGCAGAUGGCAGCUGAUCACAUGACUUCGAAUUGUAAAUAGACAACUUUUGGACUGCUGUGGAGUACAAUGUAUCAGUAUGUGAAUCUUGCCAGCUCGUGUUUGUACAGUAAAAGCCUCACCAAAAAAGCUGAGAACUGAAGCAAUUUACUCCACAGUGCACCGCCAAGAACCUAGGCCACUUGAAGUUAGACUGGAAACCUGACUUGAUCACAUACAUUUGUGUAUGUGUAUGUGAGGACAGACACCACCCUAAGUGACUCUGAAACUGGAUCAGCUGCUAUGCUCCUUGACGAUGUCAUUUUACUUGUCGUGUUAUUGGCUGUCUCACACACACAUUUGCCCAAUAUUUUUACAAUUUUGACAAUUGUGAAAAUCUUUGGAAAAAAUGUUGCAACCUGACGCCACUUUUUUCUUCACAUA